UGAAACCGAUACCCCCCCAAGCACACACUUACACUAAACAACACAGAGACGAAGAAAAUCCUCCAUCUUCUUCCAAAUACAAAUACCCCAAAAUCGACACACAAAAAAGAAAAUCCAAAAGAAAAAGAAAAUCACAAAGGAAUUCAAUUCCCAGCUAAAAAUCUCCAGUCUUUGUUUGACACAGUAAAAAGCUCGCACACAAAAAUGGUUUACUCCUACACGCCGACGUACUACUCCACUCUCCAUGACUCAAUCACCUCUCUGUGCAAGACCAUCUUGCCACUCGGCCUCAAGAAGAGGUUGCAGCGCUUGCCGGCUUCUGAUCGCAAGCUCUCCAAGCUGCAGUCGGAUAAUCUUAAGUGGCAGCAAGAUUCUUUCCACCAGAUGAUGAACCUGAUGGGUCUUCACAGGGAAGGGAUUUUGGCUGAGACUGAGGUUUCCGCUUUUCGGACCCACUUGCUCGAGACCCUCAUCGCUUCUCCCGUGGAACAUGAGCAGCCGGUCGUAUUAAGAGAUAAAUUGCUGUUCUUGCAGGAACUUCUUUAUGGGAAGUGCAUUUCCUCAGAGGAAUAUCACGCUUCAAAGAGGCCGUUGUUGCAGAGACUGGCAGUUCAAGGAGCUGAAAUCGAGGCUAGAGAUGUAAUUGCUGCGGGACCAACGGACCCAAAAGAGAGCUCAGAAGAAAAGUGGUCUGUUAUUGACUUAAAGGAUGAGAAAUGCUUGCUAAACAAAGAGAAUUCGAAUUCUAAGAAUAAAUUGAAGCACGGGUCAACAGUGAAGCAGAUCAAAGGAGUUGCCUCAGUGUUCAGCUUCUAUAAACCCGGAAAGAGCAAAGAAGAGAAGAGCGUAUUUGACUUGACAGCAGCACAUUUAGGCUCGGCGGACUCAAAAUUCUCUUCCCCUGCCUCUUCUAAGAAUGAAAUGCGGCAUUCCAAAGAAAACCCAUUUGGGGAUAGCCAUUUUCAGCAUAAAGAAAGCGAAACAAGGUCGAUUCUAAUGCCUGAAAGCUUGCCAGUGGAGUCCGCGAAGAGGAAACCUUUUAAAACUCUGUUUCAGAGAGAGCAGAUAGAAGGACAUGGGAGUGGUGGUGAUCAUAAUGAUGCUGGUUAUGAGGAGAGAGCUACAAAAUCUGCAAAAAAACAAUGGGGGUUUGAAAAGUUCAAGAAAUGGAAGAAAAGUGACUCAGAGGAAGAGACAACUCCUCUGUCUCUCAAUGGAAGAUUAGACAGUGAGGCUUAUUUGGAGUCUGGCCGGCUUGUUGCAAGCCCUAUCGGGGAGGGUCCGGACACCAAGCUGAUAAAAAAGAAGUUGCAUUCGGAUGGUUCUCCGUCUGAUUUCUUCAUAGAUAAGGUUUUAGGAGACAAGAUAAAGAAGGAGCUAACAAGAAUCCAGACAGAGCUUUGCACCACAAACCCCAACCUCCAAUUCUCGAAUGAUCAAAUUGAAGCAAUUUCGACCAAGCUUCCUGUGGACAAGUCCGAACUGAAAAGUUUCUUUCCUAAACCAUGGUGUGACCGUUACGGUGAUGUAGUAUUGGAUGUGGUGAAGAAAGAAUUCAAAGAUCAUGUUGGAGAGAUGGAAAAUAUGAGAAACGCCUCCAGAGAGAAACAUGGCAACUCAAUGCGAUGGACAACAUUUGAAGAUGAUGAGAACUGUCAUCCAAAUCUCUUUGCUCCUCAUGACAAUUCAUUCCCUAGUGGUAGAAAUGGGAGCAAGGGCCUCCAUCAAACCAAUCCCUUCUUUCAAGACCAAAAUCCCUUCUGGACUCCAAGGCAUGGCUCUUCUUUGCUGGAUUAGAUGAAAGCUUUACAUUAGUUCUCUCUUUCUUGAGAGUACCGUUUCCAUCGUGCUAUAGGGAAACUUGUACCCUUUUCCGUCGUUAACUUGCAUAUUUGUCUUCUAAGAAUUUGUUGGUGUAUGAACCCCAUGAAAUUUUUUCAAGGAAAUUUAAAUGCUUUGUGCCGUAA